AUGGGACUCAAGUACGUUUCCGCUUACCUCCUCACCGUGCUGUCCGGCAAGGACGAGCCGACCUCCGCUGAUUUAAAGAAGAUCAUCGAAGCCGCCGGCGGCGAAUUUGAUUCGGCUUUGGCUGACAAGCUCAUCUCCGAGAUGAAGGGUACUUUUUUUAGUGAAGAGUCUUGGAAGUAAUCGCAUGUAAGUAUCAGUUUCAUUCCCACACAAUUGGACAUAAAAAGAGAAGCAUCAUCUUCGUCGGCGACGAAAAUUUAAAGACACAGCUGAAUUGAAAAUUUUCAAAAUCACUGCACAACAGGUAAGGUCGUUCACGAAGUGAUCGCGAAGGGCCGUGAGCAGCUCCAGGGCUUCGGUGGCGGCGGCGGUGGUGCUGCAGCUGGCGGCGCUGCCGCGGGCGGCGACGCUCCGGCUGCGGAGGCUAAGAAGGAAGAAGUUGUGGAAGAAGAGGAGGAGGAGAUGGAGUUCGAUCUGUUCGACUAAAUCGGGCUUGCUUCCAACACUUCUUUUUCGACGGAAGGUGAUGAAUCCACAUACGGGCUUGGACUCCUGACUGGAGACAGCCAGACGUUGUGUCUGGUCAGUUGGAAGAGUCCGUGAAGAAUGAACAUGACGGCACGUACGAGUUUAGAAUCAGCAAUCUGUUGUGUCGAACAUAAGAGAAAUAAAUACAUCCCUGUUUGUGUGAGAGACGUUUGCGUUAAUGAGAACGUGUGGCCUACUCACGCCCUGAGAGGGAAAGUGUCUACGCUUGGCCCAGUGCUAUUGGCAAACGAGUCUUUUACAUUGAGCGAUGUGAUCAAUGGACGCGGUACGCAUGCGCACACGGAUUGUUUGAGCCACAGGAAACACAAAGAAAGAGCUCCACA